AUGGCCCAGUCGCCUCCUCUGCAGAGCCUCCUUGGCCACGACCACUGGAUCUUCGCCCAGGGCUGGGGCUGGGCUGGCCACUCGGACUCCACGUCCCCGGCCUCCUCCUCGGAUUCGUCGGGUUCGUGCCCCUGCGACGGCGCCCGCGGACUCCUGCAGCCAGCGCCUGCGGGCUGCAGCUCCCGAGCCGCAGAGGCACCCGCGACGACGCCCAGACGAGCGCGCAGCGGGCCAGCGGGCGGACAGCGGCAGAGCGCCAGCGAGCGGGAGAAACUGCGCAUGCGCACCCUGGCCAGCGCACUGCACGAGUUGCGCCGCUUUCUGCCGCCCUCCUUGGCGCCCGCCGGCCAGAGCCUGACCAAGAUCGAGACGCUGCGCCUUGCCAUCCGCUACAUCGGCCACCUAUCGGCCGUGCUGGGCCUCAGCGAGGAGAGUCUGCAGUACCGGCGCAGGCAACGCGGGGACGCGGGGUCCCCUCGAGGCUGCCCGCUGUGCCCCGACGGCGGCCCCGCGCAGGCGCAGACGCAGGCGGAUGGGCAGGGGCGCGGGCCAGGCCUUGUCUCAGCCGUCCUCGCCGAGGCGUCCUGGGGGUCCCCGUCCUCCUGCCCCGGAGCCCAAGCCACACCCGAGCGCCUGGGAAGGGGGGUCCACUACACGGAUCCCUGGGAGACACCCCCUUACUGCCCCAAGAUACAGUCGCCUCCGUAUUCGUCCCAAGGGACAACCUCCGACGCGUCUCUUUGGACGCCACCCCAAGGCUGUCCCUGGACGCAGUCAUCCCCAGAGCCCCGGAACCUGCCAGUGCCCUGGAUGACGCCCCCGGCAACCCUGGAGCUGGCUGCAGUGUAUCAGGGUCUCUCUGUGUCUCCAGAGUCCUGUCUUUCGCUGGGAGCUCCAUCUCUCCUGCCCUACCCAUCAUGCCAGAGACUGCAGCCUCAGACCCCCUGGGGGUGCUGGAGCCACAGUGCAGAGGUGGUGCCCAACUCAGAGGACCAGGGACCAGGCGCCGCCUUCCAGCUCAGUGAAGCAAGCCCUCCCCAGAGCUCAGGCCUGCGGUUCAGUGGCUGCCCUGAACUUUGGCAAGAAGAUCUGGAGGGGGCCCACCUGGGCAUCUUCUACUAAAUGGCCUUGGCUUCCCUCUUUCCAUCCAGGAAUCAGGCCUGUAGCAUGGGUGCCUCCUCAUUUGCUACUUAGUGGUUGUUCACGCUUUCCUUUAGCCAAGCCUCCCUUUUUCUAAGUGAUGUCUUUCAAGGAAGCAGUGUUUGAAAUAGAU